AUGGCCUCCCGCUUCAAAGACACCGGCUUCACCCUCGUGGGCUUUGCAAAGGAGGCCGACCCCGCCUCCCUCGCCGCCGCCCCAAAGUUUGACCCCACGCGCGAGCGCGCCGCCAAGGUCGAGAUCGCGCGCAACGGCGGCAAGAAGUGGGCGCUCUCCCUGGUCGCCGCCGCCGCCGCGGACCCGGCGGACCCGGCGUCGCCGCUGCUGCUGUUCCAGGCGGGCGCCAAGGCCACGCGGGCCGCCGCCGCCCGCGCGGCCGCCGCGGCCGGCAGGUCCAAGGUCGUUGCGCCAUUCCCAGGAGAUGCCCCAUCUGAGGCCGCCGACGGCGGCGCUGCGCUCGCCGCGGCGGAUGCCAACGCCACUGCGGCCGCGGGCAGCGUGGCGCAGCCGAACGUCGUCAUCAACAAGGAUGACCGUCAGCUGAUUACUGACACCUCCCGGGUCAACAGGAACUUCCCCGCGCGCGCGGUGGGGCAGAUUGAUUUCAGUGAGCGCAACGGCGGCAACUCCAUCUGCUCCGGCGCCCUGAUCGGCGCGUCCACUGUCCUCACCGCCGGCCACUGCGUGCACACCGGCAGAGGCGGUGGCUUUGUGAGGGCCUGGGCGUUCUCUCCGGGCCGCACCACCACCACUGCCACGAGCAGGACCGUGGUCAACCCCUACGGCACAGUCAAGUACAGCAAGCUGGUCACCACGAAUGGCUGGAUCACCGCGAGUUCCUUCGCCUACGACCUCGGCGUUGUCAACCUUCAGUCGGCCAUUGGCAAGACGACUGGCAACCUCGGCUACACUGCCUCCACUGGCAGGCUGUCUGAGACGUGGACGACGUACGGGUACCCGGGCGAGAAGACGUACGGCAGCAUGUGGACCACUUCAUGCGGCGUCAACGACAACGUGGCUACAGACGGCAUCACAGAGAUGACCUGUGACGUGACGGGCGGCCAGUCGGGCUCGCCGAUGUUCAUCUCCGGCAAGAACCUGGUCAAGGCCGUCAUCAGCUGGUCAAACGAGGGAAGGAGGAUCAACGGGGCCUGCCAGAUCGAUACGGAGCGCUUCAACAUGAUCCGCGCCAAUACUGUGUAA